AUGAAGAGAAAAAAAACUAAGUUUUGUAAUAUCACUUCAGUGAUUAAUAUUAAUGUGGUUAAUAACAAAUUUUCUAAAGAAAUAAUUCUUGAAAUUCAUAAAAUAAAGUGUGUUUCAACUCAUUAAAAGAUUCUGAAAUACAAUCUCAUUAAUUGUCAAUCAAUUUGGAAAAUCAAAUAGAAGAAAAUCAAUGAGUAACAAAUUAUUAACAAAAUUUUCAUCACUGGUUUUGCCUAAGAAUCCAUGAAAUUUAAUCUCAAGUAAUUAAAUGCUGAAUUUAUGAUUUCGGAUUAAGAUCAAAAUGAAUAAUAGAAAUUUUGCUUGUGUAAUUAUUCCAACUAAAUCCAAGUAUAGACUUUGCUUAUACUACCACUCCUUUAUUUUUUUAGGGUAUUUUAUAACUUUACCAAAUAAUUAAAUUAUCUAUUAAGCAAAAUUAAUACUUGCUCAAAUUUAAAAAUUUAUAUAGUCAAGAAUAGCUCAAUCAUUUAUAAUGUUAAUCAUGUAUCAGGUUUAAGAAAAUUAACAAGCAAUAAUUCUCAUUGAAUUAAUAAAGGCUAUUUAAAGGAAAUUUAUGACAAGUGUGAAUUUGAAUAGCACUACUGUUGUUGAUUCAGUACUUUAGAGAAAUGGCUAUUUAUUUUGA